GUGAAAUGUCUACCAAAUCAAUCAUUAAAACUCAAUAUAUUAUAUUAUAGAACCAUAUAAAAAUACCCAAAAGUAGGGCCUUGCAAGAAAAGGAGAAUUGAAGAAACUUAAUCACAGUAUGAAAUACAAGUGAAAUUUUCAGUUGUACAGAACAUUCCUAAUGCGCAAAAGAAAAUGUAGAUAAAGAGAUUUAAAUAUGUUUAAUUCCUACAUCUUGCAUUUUAACAUUUUAUCAGGUCCUGUUGCUGUUGUGGUGAUACACUAAUACUGUAAUUUUAUCACUAUUUUUAUAGCUUCUGGAGCUGCCUCAGUUCCAUGACAUCAUCAAAAUCAAAACCAUUGGAUCAACUUAUAUGGCUGCUAGCGGACUUAAUCCUUCUCGACAAGUUAAGGAAGAUGACCCUGUGAAGGUUCGUUGGGCACAUCUAGCUCUUCUUGUUGACUUCGCUUUUGAAUUAGUAAGGGCCCUUCAGUCUAUCAACGAACAGUCAUUCAAUCAUUUUGUUCUUAGAAUGGGAAUCAACCAUGGACCUAUAACAGCUGGAGUGAUUGGUGCAAGGAAGCCACACUAUGAUAUCUGGGGAAACACUGUCAAUGUAGCAUCUCGUAUGGAAUCAACAGGAAAAGCUGGAUGCAUACAAGUAACAGAAGAGACGACCAAAAUCUUGCAGCAUUUUGGAUAUGUAUUUGAACAAAGAGGCCUGAUAGCUGUGAAAGGAAAAGGCGAAUUAAUGACGUACUAUUUAGUGGGAAAAGCUGCGAGUCCUCAACAGGUCAAUGGCGAGUCUUUAGAUUACUCAAAGGCUGAGGACCAAUCUCAGACUUGAAACUGAAAUACACAAUAAAGAGAUAUUUUUUAGGAAAAG